CUUGUGCACAUGUUUUUCAUAACAGUGUUUGGGCUACCUGUGUUCCAUGUACAGCGGUUUCCCAAUACAAUGGCGCCUAACGUUGUUCGUCGUGUUGCUGUAGUCGCUGUUUCAGCGCUGAGUUUCGUAGGAUUUUUAACUCUCGUUGGAUAUCUGCACGAAAAAUUCACUAGGGUUGACCCAAAGGAAACAGAAAGUGAAGAAAGUUUUGGGGAUUCGCGUCAUCGUGAAGGAGAAUCGAGAGCCGAUGAGAGGAGAACAGAAGAAAGUAGUUCACAAAAUCCUCCACUUGAGAAUCUGCAGGGCGAACUUUCCACUUCCCAAAUCGUGUAUUUGUUGGGUUUGCUAGAUAAAGCAGAUGAUAUAUUAUUGGAAAAAAUCCUUAUUACAUUGUCUAACUCAUGUGUUUUUACAUCAAACCAGAACCUUGUGCGCGAGAAUGGUGGCAUCGAUAAGAUAAUGCGGUUAGUGGAUCAUGAGAAAGAUCAUGUAAGACUAAGAGUACUCCAAACACUCUCAAACUUGUCCAUGAAUCUUGAAAACCAAAAACUUAUCAAGGAUUGCAUUCCAAACAUUUUAGCAAAAAUAAGUCCAGAGCAAGUAGAAUCCACUAAUGACGAUGAACUGAUUGCCAUUUUACAACUGUUGGUAAACCUAACUGUGGUGGAUACUUGUCAUGCUGACUUGAUAGAUGGUAUCUCAUACUGUUUGCAUAUACUUGAGCAAGAUUCCCUUUCUGACAAAGCCAAAACAAAUGCAUUGAGAGUKCUAGUCAAUUUUUCAUGUAAUGCUGACAAUGCUGACUUUUUCCUCCAAGAAAAGAGGCUUGAUGCKUUUGUGAACUUCUUGGCYGAGCCAGUUACUGAAGACAACACACUCAGAGCUGUCACUAUAAUAGCAAACAUUGUAAAAUUUGWAURUGAUAAGAAAGAGGAGACACCUAAGGUCAUAACAUGUCCGUCAUGCAAAAUGUUCUAUGGUGACAUGACGAUAAUGCAGUAUCUUCUCAAACACAUAAGAUGUGACUAAAGGAGCAACAACUUUUUUGGUGCAAGUGCCAUCACAGAKCACUUAUUGCCUUCAUURCCACUGAAGAUGCAACGAUGAAUCUGUUGGGAAGAAAAGGGUGCUCUUACUUAUUAGAAAAACUGUGUGUUGUACAUGUAGCGGUUAUACACAAAGCAAUUGCUUUGAAACUCACAACAAGAGAGUGCUGUACGACAAGUUGCAUAUUUUUUUGCGUUAUUAACYAUUAGAGAAGUAUGCUUUUUCAUUKUUAUGGGGGGAGGGGGAGAGAUUCCUUGAGAAUUCGUUGAACAAAACAUUCCUCUCCGUGAUAUGUUUUGAUAAAGCAGCUCCCAGACUUCUAAGAACUUAUAACGCAAUGACGUCAUACCCAUUUUUSAACUGGUCAGUCAUCAAAUUGGCGCUCUUUUUCAAACCGCCAUUCGAAAGAUCUCAACAUCAAGARAACAUUCCCAAGGUUUUUACUCAUAUAAAGAUAAGCAUAUUUG